UGUGUGGUGUGCGUGCGUGUGUGCAGGUGGCCGAGCUGCAGAAUCAGGGCUGUGAAAUGUUGAUCGUGACGAGCGGCGCCGUCGCCUUCGGCAAGCAGCGCCUGCGCCACGAGAUCCUCCUGUCUCAGAGCGUGCGCCAAGCGCUGCACUCAAGCCACAACCAGCUCAAGGACAUGGCAGUGCCCGUGCUAGAGGCUCGUGCGUGUGCUGCUGCGGGGCAGAGCGGCCUCAUGGCGCUCUACGAGGCGAUGUUCACCCAGUACAGCAUCUGCUCCGCACAGAUCCUCGUGACGAACCUGGACUUCCACGACCAGCAGAAGCGCCUUAACCUGCGUGGCACGCUGGACGAGCUGCUGGCCAUGAACAUUGUCCCCAUCAUCAACGCCAAUGACGCCGUGGCCCCUCCACCUGAGCCCAGCGGGGACCUCGCCGGGGUGCGGAGACACGGCCUCCCCGCCAACGCCAUGGCAACAACAACAACCGCAACGCAACCGCAUGGCGUGAUCAGCGUGCAGGAUAAUGACAGUCUGGCGGCGAGGAUCGCCGUGGAGAUGGAGGCUGAUCUCCUCAUUGUCCUCUCUGACGUCGAGGGGCUGUUUGACAGCCCUCCUGACUCUGAGGACGCCAGGCUGCUGGAUGAGUUCUACCCGGACGAGGCGGCCGCCAUCACCUUCGGGGGGAAGUCUCGUGUCGGCGUCGGGGGCAUGGAAGCCAAGGUGAAGGCUGCGCUGUGGGCCUUGCAGGGCGGCACCGCCGUGGUGAUUGCGAAUGGCACCAACCCCAAGGUGACUGGGCACGUCAUCACCGACAUCGUUGCCGGCAAGCGCGUCGGCACCUUCUUCACCGAGGUCAAGCCCGAGGGGAUGAGUGUAGAGACUCAGGCAAAGCUGGCGCGAGCUGCAGGCAGGGAGCUGUCCACACUGCAACCUGAGCAGCGGGCAGAGAUCGUGGUACGUCUGGCCGAGCUGCUGACCGAGAGGGGAGACGAGAUCCUGGCAGCCAACCGCGUCGACCUGGAGGCGGCGGCCUCCACCGGCUUGGCCGAGCCCCUGCUGAAGAGGCUUGCUCUCUCCACUGCUAAGCUGAACAGCCUGGCUAUCGGGCUGCGUCAAAUCGCGGUGGCGUCCACGACGGCGUUGGGGCGUGCGCUGCGCCGCACGCUGCUCGCCCCGGGCCUGGAGCUGGAGCAGGUGACGGUUCCCAUCGGCCUUCUCCUCGUCAUCUUCGAGUCACGCCCCGACUGCCUGCCUCAGGUGACGGCGCUGGCGGUUGCCACGGGUAACGGGCUGCUACUGAAGGGUGGGCGCGAGGCGACGCGGUCCAACCAGGUGCUGCAUGCGCUUGCGCAGGAGGCGCUGGCGCUGCACGGCGCGUCCGCAGCGGUGCAGCUGGUGUCGUCCCGCGAGGAGGUGAGCGAUCUCUGCCGGAUGGACAAACUCGUCGACCUCAUCAUCCCUCGAGGCUCCUCGUCUCUGGUGAGCUCCAUCACGCGGGCUGCUCGUGGCAUCCCCGUGCUGGGACACAGCGAGGGCGUGUGCCACGUGUACAUAGACAAGGACGCGGACACGGACACUGCGCUUAAGAUAGUGCGCGACUCUAAGUGCGAGUACCCGGCCGCGUGUAACGCGAUGGAGACGCUGCUCAUCCACCGCGAGCUCCUCCGCACACCGCUCUUCGACCAGCUCAUAGACACGCUCCGAGCGGAGGGGGUGGUGAUCCACGCGGGACCACGGUUUGGCUCCAUGCUGGCGUUUGGCCCUGCGGAGGCGGCGUCUCUGCGCCGUGAGUACGGGGAACUGGCCUGCUGCCUGGAGCUCGUGGAGGGGCCGGCCGGGGCUGUGGAGCACAUCCACCACUAUGGCAGCGGCCACACCGAUACCAUCGUCACGACCAACGAGGAGACGGCCGAGUACUUCUUGCGUCAUGUGGACAGUGCAUGCGUGUUCUGGAACACGAGCACCAGGUUCUCGGAUGGAUACCGAUUCGGCCUGGGAGCGGAGGUGGGCAUCAGCACCUCGCGUGUCCACGCCCGCGGCCCUGUGGGCAUGGAUGGCCUCCUCACCACCAAGUGGCUUCUCCGGGGCUCGGGCCACACGGCGGCAGCCUUCAACAACAAUGGCGCCAGCUUCCUGCACGAGGACCUGCUGCCCACGGCGUGCCACCCGGCGCGCCACACCACCCACAGAGUCCACCCACACUCGUAGAGAUAGCACCACCCACAGAGUCCACCCACACUCAGAAAUGGCACCACCACCCAUAGAGAUAGCGCCACCCAUAGAGUCCACCCCCACUCAGAGAUCACACACCGUUUAUAGAGGUCCCACACUUACCACUCACCACGUGCCACCACACACCCCACCCAGCCUGACGCUCACCUGGGUGUGGUCUGUGUUUCCAAAACUCAACCCGGGUGUGUCACAUGUCUGUGGUGCACACCUGAGUGUGCCACAUGUUUGUGGCACACACCUCAAGGUCACUCAGCUGAGUGUCACACAUUUCAGUCACACGCCCAAGUGUGUCACUGGUGGCGUAGUGUUACAGGUCGGAGAAGCUGAAAAUUUGUUGCAAGGCGCUAACGCUGCAACGUUUGACUCCCAUCUCCGUUCCGAGCGAGAGAGCGCAGAGGGGCUCACUGCAGAAUGAAGGAGGGAAUUAUUGCAGGCCCGGGUUUCCUUCACUCGAGAGUUGCGUGAUGGUGCCUGGUCCGCCUGUGUAAGGACAGAUCUCUGUUACGAUGACGCAAGCUACAUUUUGCUGAAUAAAGGAGUUGUGUUUCUCA